UAUAAUAUCCAGUACCACAGAUCACUGAUCAUUAAUCAAAUAAUACGAGCUAAUAAUCGUCGAUCAAUUUCUGUUUGUCACUACUGUUUGAAUUGAUUUUGAUUUAUUUUAUAAUUAGAUCAAAUUUGUCAUAAUAUCUGUUAUCUAGUUAUCCUAACUUGAUUGAACUGAUUUGUUAGCUACUCUUCUGUUGUUUGACCAAUCCUUUUCAUUCAUUCAUUUGCAUUAGCUUAUCAUUCUUCAAUUCAUCUUUUAUUCUAAUAACUUAUUUUGUUUGUUUCAAUUUCAAUUUCUGGUCAAUUUUCAUUCAUAUACAUAUAAAAGAUAGUCAAUAAUGGGUUUAUCAAUUUCAAAAUUAUUAAGUUCCUUCUUUGGUAACAAAGAAAUGAGAAUUUUAAUGGUUGGUUUAGAUGCUGCUGGUAAAACCACCAUUUUAUAUAAAUUAAAAUUAGGUGAAAUAGUUACUACUAUUCCAACUAUUGGAUUUAAUGUUGAAACUGUAGAAUACAAAAACAUUAGUUUCACUGUUUGGGAUGUUGGUGGACAAGAUAAAAUCAGACCAUUAUGGAGAUACUAUUUCCAAAAUACUCAAGGUAUCAUUUUCGUUGUUGAUUCAAAUGAUAGAGAUCGUAUUGCUGAAGCAAGAGAAGAAUUACAACAAAUGCUUAAUGAAGAUGAAUUAAGAGAUGCCCUUUUAUUAGUAUUUGCUAAUAAACAAGAUUUACCAAAUGCUAUGAAUGCUGCUGAAAUAACUGAAAAAUUAGGUUUACAUUCUAUCAGACAAAGACCAUGGUACAUUCAAGCUACUUGUGCUACUACUGGUGAUGGUUUAUAUGAAGGGUUAGAAUGGUUAUCCACUAACUUAAAGAAUGCUUCUUAGACAAACUCAGCACUAAAUUAGUAAAUUGAAUUAAAUUAAUUAAAAAUUAAAUUAAAUUAAAUUAAAUUAGUUUAAUCAAUAUGAAUUAACUCAUCAUCUCUAUGUUAGAUCAUUUUACUAUUUUCAUAAUCUUAUCUUUUUACUCAAUCAACUAUAAUGUUUUUAUAUCUACAAUAUUUUUAGUUAUUUUUCUUACCUCUAUACGUAAUUAUAUUUAUAAUAUAAUCAACUCAUAUGUAAUUGCUUCAUUGAUUUGUACUCGUA